GGUGUAAACUGGUUGGCGUUCCUGAAUAAAUACAGCCUGCAUGGCAUCUUGUGUGAUGACAUGGGACUGGGCAAGACCCUCCAGUCCAUCUGCAUUCUUGCCUCGGACCACCAUAAAAGAGAGCAGCUCUACAAGGAAACACAGCGUGCAGAUGUCAAGCCUCUUCCCUCAUUGGUCGUGUGCCCACCAACGUUAACAGGGCACUGGGUGUACGAGGUGGAGAAGUUUGUCUCCAGCAAAUACCUGCAACCACUGCAUUACACGGGUCCUCCAAUGGAGCGUGCCAGGCUGCAGGAGAAAGCACACAAGCACAACCUGGUGGUGGCCUCAUACGACAUUGUGCGCAACGACAUUGAUUUUUUUGCUACCAUCAAGUGGAACUACUGCAUCCUUGAUGAGGGGCACAUUAUCAAGAAUGGACGAACCAAGCUGGCACGUGCCCUGAAGCAGUUGCAGGCCAACCACCGGCUUAUUCUGACGGGCACGCCCAUCCAGAACCAAGUGUUGGACCUGUGGUCCCUAUUUGACUUUCUCAUGCCGGGAUUCCUGGGCACAGAGCGGCAGUUUUCUCAACGUUUCAGCCGCCCUAUCUUGCAGUCACGUGACGCCAAGUCUUCCUCCAGGGAGCAAGAAGCCGGAGUGCUGGCCAUGGAAAGCUUGCAUCGACAAGUCCUUCCAUUCUUGCUGCGUCGAGUCAAGGAUGACGUCCUGCAGGAUCUGCCCCCAAAGAUAAUCCAGGACUACUACUGUGAGCUGAGCCCACUACAGGUGGAGCUUUACGAGGACUUUGCUAGAAGCCGUGCAAAGAAGUCAGUGGAUGAAUCAGUUGCAGGAACUUCUGAGGACCAGUCAGUCAACCCACAUGCCACAGCUCACGUGUUCCAGGCCCUGCAGUACUUGCGCAAGGUAUGCAACCACCCAAAGCUGGUUCUGAGCCCCCAGCACCCUGAGUACAAUCGCAUCAUGGCUGGCCUCCAGCAGUCAGAGUCCUCCCUCUCCGACAUCAACCAUGCUGCCAAGCUGCGUUCACUCAGGCAGCUGCUGCUGGAUUGUGGCAUUGGCACGGCUACUCAGCCUGAGCAGGAAAGUGUCGUACACGCCCACAGAGCCCUCAUCUUCUGCCAGCUGAAGGGCAUGCUGGACAUUGUAGAGAAGGACCUUCUCACGACCCACAUGAGCAGUGUCAGCUACCUUCGCCUCGAUGGCAGCGUGCCCCCAGGCCAGCGUCAGGCCCUGGUUCAGCGGUUCAAUGCAGACCCUUCCAUUGAUGUGCUGCUGCUCACAACUCAGGUCGGUGGGCUGGGACUCAACCUGACUGGUGCCGACACAGUCAUCUUCGUUGAGCAUGACUGGAACCCCAUGAAAGACCUACAGGCUAUGGAUCGUGCCCAUCGCAUUGGUCAAAAGAAAGUGGUGAAUGUUUACAGGCUGAUCACCAGGGGCACCCUUGAAGAGAAAAUUAUGGGGCUGCAGAAGUUCAAGAUGACCAUUGCCAACACAGUAAUCACACAAGAGAACAGCAACCUGAGCACCAUGGGCACCGACCAGCUGCUUGACCUGUUCACACUGGACAGCUCCAAGGGGGGCAGAGACCCCGCACAGCAGCAUGCUGGUCCAUCACGCGCUGGCAUCAAGGGGGUGCUGGAAAGCCUCCCUGAACUGUGGGACUCCUCCAAGUACGACUCCGAGUAUGACCUCGAAAACUUCCUCAGCACAUUGAGGCCAAAGUGAUGGGACGCACUUGUUGCAAAAACUGCUGUGUAUUGAGACACAUGUGUGUACAGUGGUGGCUCAGCAAUUUAUUGUGUGUACUAUCAGUGUCAAAUGAAUGGCAAACAGCUUCAGAAACUGCAUAGUGUGCACCAUCUGCAUAGUCAUCGCCUUUGACCGGUGCACAGCACUUUCUUUCUGUAAGCACUGUGGAUAGCCAUGGUGAUGACUGGAUGGCAUGCACUAUACCAUUGCUAAUGCUUGUCACUGUUUGGCUUCCAUCUGACACCAAUAGUAUGGUCACUGUAUGACAAGUCUGCAGAACAGCAAGUGACAACACACAGUGUGCAUCACUAUAAUGGCUGUGUGGUAACGAGGACAAAAGAAAGUACUGUAUUUACACGUGUAACGAACCCACGCCCCACUUUCGUCCUCGUAAAAUGAAGAAAACUUUUUAAUGUAUUUGUUCAUUUUAUUUCGGUACAAUUGCCAGUGCCGUUGAUGAUUGAAACAACGCUAAAGCAAGCCAUGAUAUCACAAAAUAACAACGCAAUAAAAGUCAAAACAUAGUUUAGCAACCAUGCUAAACAGUUGCGAGCAGCGCGAGCGCGGACAACGUCAAUCAAAAUUUGAAAGUCACGCCUUUUGCGGCUAAGCGCCAUCUGUUGAAGACAGGAGAAACCUUUUUGCUGAUAGCGCCAUGCAAGUACAGUGGCACAAAAAUCAACUAAAAACUGUUUGUGGCCUUCGAAAUGGCAGGCUACGAGGCCCUGAAUUCUCGGAGGUCGUGCAAAGCGCAACCGCAACCACCGCGCUGACGACGCGUCAUCCACCCACAUUGUUUAGCGCAAUGUUUGCGCGGGCAAUUUGACCCUGUGUUUUUGUUGCCGAGUUUGUCGUUUCACACUUUAUUGGGAGACCUGCUGCGCAGGAUGGGUUCGGCCGGUAAGUUAGCGACAUGGCUGAUUACAAGCGACAUGCACUGGAGCAUGGGAACUGAGCGGCUAGAUGACACUUCUGCAUCGGUCCGUGCACUUUCAUUAUGGGAGGAAACAACAUGUGCUUCAUGCUACAAAAAAGAUUUGUCGCACAUUUCACGGGCCAAAACUCGCAAAGCCGUCUCGCAAAAUUUUCGCUGUUGUACCUCCCGUCACUAUUUUCUCCCACAUAAUGAAUCCUCCCCCCAAAUUGGCGUCAACGUUUUUGAAAAAAAAGGUGAGUUCAUUACAUCAGUAAAUAUGGUAGUCUUUUUGUGUAAACAGAGUUUCACUUUGACGGUCCAGCAUUACUUUGGUUCGACCAGUACGCUAGCUACACGGCUGAUUACAAACGGUGUGCGUUAGAGCAUGAGAACCCAGCGGCUGGAUGACACUUCGGCGUCGAUCCGUGCGCUUUUAUUAGAGGAGGAAACAACAAGAGCUUUGGGAGCUGGACUGUCGUUUCUUAGUUGUGAAGUAGUUACGCAGGGCUAGGUGAUGUACCAAAGCAGGUAACUGUAAAUGGUAAUUGGAUAGCAUGUGUUGUGAGAGAAUGAAGAGAUUUGAACGCCUUUUCAUUUCUGUCUGGUGCUGACACUUUUUAACACAAACACUUUACUAACCAUUUUGGUGCUUUGGAUGAUAAUUGUCAGGCACUAAACAAGUGAACAUGGGAAGUCCAUGCAAGAGGGCUCAGCAUCUUCACUUUAGGGCUGAUCAUGAAAUUGCCACAUUGCAUCUUGGAAACGCUGGCUUCCUUCUUCAAGAUUGUAGUCUGUAGAUCUGUGGAGACAUUUAUACUGUGUGUGCAUGCACUUUUUGUUGCGAUAGUACCUACGUGGUCAUAAUCCACAUCUAUUGUGCUACAGUCCAACUCACCUAUAGCAACACCUAAGUGCCACAUAAGUUUUAUUUAUAACUGAUAAUUGCUAUAUACGGGUUGCACAAAAACAAAGAAAAAUAGGCGGAUGGUAGGCUGUCAUGAGGAAGCUAUAAUAUCAGAUGAGGUAUACCAACAGACAUCACUGACAAAAAUGACAAAUUUCCCGAUUUUUGGGCAUGCUUGAAAAUCCUGAUGAGAAUGCCUGAGGGUUCAGACGCCAGAACUUUUUACUUAGACUGCACGUCCGAAGGUGCAUCAACUGAAGCCGUGCGUCCUAGUGAAUUUCCAAGGUCAGCCUUGCCGCCAUGCCAGACCGCUAUGCGAUGAGGUGUGCCACGAAUCCUAAAGGGCCCUGUGAGAUCCUUGAGUUGUGGGUGGGAGAGCUUAAAUCUCUCGUCUUCUUUUUUUUUUUUCGUGAAUUUCACUUUGCACAACCUUUGAGCACCAAAUAGCCAGAUGCUAGGUUAUCAAAAACAUACAAAAGUUGAUGAUGCAGCAGCUAAGUGUUAAAGCCGUUCCAAGUAAGUCCAACUGUGUCUUGAUUGAUGCUUGUCAGAUUAUGUGUGGGCACCAGUUGCCUUUGUGACAUCAUACAACACUAGAAGAGUUCUUUCGCUCAGCAAUAAUUUAUCAAAGUUACAAUAGUUUCUUGCCCAUGGCAAUGCUUCUGAAUGCUGCAUUUCAUGGCAGAACAUUAUUGAUACUGCUUUUUGUGACCCCAAGAAAGCGUAAACUUGGAAACCUAAAAUUAGGUAUGCAUGGUUGGUUAAUAACUAAUAUGUCUGAAUCACGAUUUGUAAGGGCCAUCUUAUGGACACAAGGUGAGGUCUGAACCACAAGAUUAUAUAUCAUAAGGUGUUUGCUGAAAGCUGAAUAACUGAGGUUCUCAUAAAUGAUGUUAUAUAACACUGCUAGCGGUUGUAGUCUCAUAUGAAACUAAAUGUUUUUUUUUAAUUAUACUGCAGUUGAAGCUUAUUAUUUGAGUAUAGGGGGAUUGUUCUAACUGUGGGAGUUCUAAAUAGCAGAGAGUGCUGACUAAAUAGACAUGGUUUCACAUUCCAUAAGCAGAGCCCAAAGAAGUCACCUCUAGACUUAUCGCGAACUAGGUACGACUACACUUCCGUGGCAGGUGAUUUCUUAAAUUGAGUUCGUGGAGCUCUGACAAAAUUAAUUUAUCAGAAACCAGCAGCGACGUGCAUUUGUUUGAGCAGUCAGCCUUAAUGUUGAAAGAUUUGACAUUAUUUAUGUGCCAAAAUGCAUUAAUUUGCAUUGCAGAGAUAAUGCAAUAAAAAUUGAAAAUGAGCAGUAAUUUGCAUUUGGUUACAUUUCUUUUGUCGUAACUUCCUGAACAUCAUUUCCAGCUUGCCCGUGUGCAGCUUCGUAAUUAUCUUCUGCUGGGAAAUGCUGCUGUUUCGUUGUUUUGCAUCUCUAGUGGAUUGGUGUGAAUUCGCAACACAUUCUGGGCUUUCUUCUGCAAAGAUCGGUGAAGGCCAGUAGGCUCGCAGUUGGAAUGAACUAUUGUGGAUGCCUAUGCAUUUGAAUUGGCAGUAGUUUACCCCCUAGAAAUACAUGGGGCUGUGCCAGGACCAGAGUGUCAGUUUGAAUUAACAGGUUUUGUUCAAUUUAGAAAGCUUCUAGUAAACAAGUGUAAAUGCAAGGAGACAAUUAACAGUUCAAAGCUUAAUGUUUUGUUUUUCAUUGUAAAUCUUCAUUGUCUAGCAAAGUCAGCUCGUAAUAAAACCUGUUCUUUAAGUGUUUUCCCAUGCUUGCUAUGAGCCUUGGUAUGUAUAGUUUAGGUUAUCUAUUUAUAUCAACAGUUUUUUUUACUUUGUUUAGGCAUGUGUCAGUCUUAAUGUCUCCAGUAUAGCUUCUUCUAAUAAGCACAGCAUUUAAGUGCUUAUUGCAAGCUGUGAAUAUAUGACAAUAAGAGGUUUUACCAGCAGAAGUCAUUUCAUCAAAAAUUAUUCUAAUGGAAGAUAUUCUCCAAAGUUGCAUACAUUUUCCUCUGGCUCUUGUUUGUUCUUGCCCCAGCAUGUCUGUUACCAUUUGUCUGCUGCCGUCAUUGCCAAAUCAUUGGCAGGGAGUUAAACCAGCUGUGUAUACUCAUCUUCAUGUGGUGUAUUGUGGUCAAGUUUUUUUCAUGUGCAACACUAAAUACCCAUACUGUGUUCUUACAUGCAAAGUGAACUUGUGCCACAUCUGUAUGUGACAUAUUGUCUGUGAGUGCAUUUUUUUAAUCAAAUUGGUCACACUUUUGAAACGAAUUGCUCGAUCUAGUUUAUACUACUUGGUAAUGUAUGUGUGUAAGGCUUCAUUGUCAUCUCAGCUUUCAGAUGUCCAGUUUUGGUGCUUGUUGUUCAGGAACAUGUGGGACAUAACUUAGCCACUGUAUGCAUGGUGAGCUAGCUCAUAUCUAGUGCAUGAUCUUGCAUUUUCAGGGAUUUGCUUCUGAUGAAGUUAGUUUCAUUAUUUCUGUCCCUUUGUCGUGUAAACAAAGUGCCAUUUUCUGCAAGUAAGUGUGUGUUCAUUUGAAAUGUGCUUACAGCAUUAGACCUUGUGUAAUUUGUCAAUAAAUACAUUUAAGGGCCAGUAAACAAUGGUGCCGUCAAAAUCUGUGAUGAAGAGGUAACUGCUCUCUUGUACUAUGUGAACAUGCUGCUGCAAGGAUUUCGAAAAUGUUGUUAUAAGCAGGAUGUAAACUUGCUUCGGCUGGUUCC